CCUUCGCGCAAAUAAUUUGAAAUCCUAUUUAGAAAGGGAGGCACGGCGCCGGCACGAGCCCCGUCCCUCCCGGAUCUUACGAGCUUCUUCACUUCCUGAAGCAGUACCAAGAUACUUGUCUCCUAAAAUUUCCCAUGCGCAUAUCCUCUUAUCCGAAAUAGCUUCCCCGCUGGGCGACCAUCCGACAACGUUUCCAACCAUCGUGGCUUUCCUUGUUAUGUCAAAAGCUUCGAAGGGGAUGGUCGCUAGAGCUGAAUACUAUGUAGGACCCGAUUACUUUGGUUUCUAUACACAACAAGUAAUGGAGCUUUUAUCGUCUGAUGAUGAUUUUCUCCCUUCUGCUUCCCAAACAUCCAACUCUUUUGGAAGAAAGUGUGAGGAGGUCAUAGGGAAUGGAUCAGUAGAGCCUAUGAAGAAUACUUCUGGUUCUUUAUUUAGCAACAGCAUAGGAGCUGGACUUUCAGAUUUCAAAAAAGAAAGAUUGAAGACAUUGCUGCAGCAGGGCACGAUUGUUCUUUCACCUGAAUUUGAUGAGAUGCUGGAUCCUAUUCUAGCUCUCAGUCGGUUACAGUCCCAAGUAAGAAAGAGAAAUCAUCCAUCUAGUCCCACAAAUGCAGCAUACAGUGGUGAUGCAGGGCAGGUUCUGCACAAGAAACUCAAGACUGCAGAAAUCCCCAAGGAGCGAACUUGUAUGGAGGAGCCAAAGACUGCAGAAACUCCCAAGGAAAGAACGGAGGUGCCAAUGGUGGAUGAUGCUGUGCUGUUCUUUCUAGAGAAUGAUAGCUUGGAGUUUGAGGAAAUGGUGAAGAAACACUCUGAUGAACUAUCUGCAACGUUAGGGCACAUGGAGAAGCAGCUUGAGGAACUUCUUGACACCGUGAGGUCCACAUACAGGCCUAUGACUCUCAUUGAGAAGCAACAGCUUCGUAAACUGAUCCAGAAGCUACCACCAAAAAAUCUCGACUGGGUAGUCCAAAUCAUCCAACAUGGCAAGAUGGCAAAAGCACAAUCAUGUGAUGAAAUUUUUGUUGAUCUCGAGAAAGAGGAUAAUAAAACACUUUGGAGACUGUACUCCUAUGUUAAAUCAGUUGAAAGAGCUACAGCCCUCCCAUUGUAGCUCAAUCUAUUCAAUUGGUUUCAUAAUAUCUGAAGCCUGACAUGUAAUUUUUGUUUUUCUCUUUUUUUAAAUUCAUAAAAACACAUUGUAGCUCAAUGUUGUCGAAGCAGUGUAAUACCUUCAUCGAAUGUAAGGGACCUAAGCAUAUAAAUCAAGGCCACAAUCUUUUUGUUAAA